CAGUGUGCCAUUAUUCUAGGCUUUGUGUGGGUCUGUAUUGUUCUCCUGUGGGCUGCUUUGUUGAGUGCGGGGGUAUAGUGGUGAUGCUGCGGGCCAUUGCUUUAUGCUGACUCUGACCUGUGGGAAUGGCAGGGAGCGAUAUGGCCCUAUGACUAGGCCAUAGACUGAGAGAGGAGGAGAAGGAGAGAGGAACAGCAUCAGCAACUCGCAUCCCAAGAGAGCAUUUGGAAAUGGACUAAAAUACUACUGGAUUAAAGACUCAUCUGUUCAGGUCCAAGUGUAGUCAUGCAGGAGAACCCGGGCUCUAUAGGUGUGGAUGGAGGAUAUGCCAGCAAUGUACCUGCUUUCCUCACUAAACUCUGGACUCUUGUUGAGGACCCAGAGACCAGUCAUCUGAUUUGCUGGAGUACUACGGGCACCAGCUUCCAUGUUUUUGACCAGGGCAGGUUUGCCAAAGAGGUUCUGCCCAAAUACUUCAAACACAAUAACAUGGCAAGCUUUGUGCGCCAGCUCAACAUGUACGGCUUCAGGAAGGUGGUGAAUAUUGAGCAGAGUGGGCUGGUGAAGCCCGAGCGAGAUGACACCGAGUUCCAGCACCUCUAUUUCCUCCAGGGUCACGAGCAUCUGCUUGAACACAUUAAGCGCAAGGUGUCAAUAGUGAAGAGCGAGGACACCAAAGUGCGGCAGGAGGACUUGAGUAAGUUGUUGUAUGAGGUGCAGGUGCUACGAAGCCAACAAGAGAACAUGGAGAUGCAGAUGCAGGAUAUGAAACAGCAAAAUGACGUUCUGUGGAGGGAGGUGGUGUCACUGAGGCAGAAUCACACACAGCAGCAGAAAGUCAUGAACAAGCUGAUUCAGUUCCUGUUUAGCCAGAUGCAGUCCAACACUCCCAGCACUGUGGGAAUGAAGAGAAAGCUUCCUCUCAUGCUGGAUGAUGGCAGCUCCACCCCUCCUGCCUCAAAAUUCAGCCAUAGCCACUCCGCAGAGUCCUUACCAGAAUCUUUCUAUAUCCAGUCGCCAUCCACAGAAAGUGCAUCCUGCUCCACUAGCAAUGUGAUGACAGGAGGGCCAGUAAUCUCUGAUGUCACUGAAAUCUCACAGUCCAGCACCAUGGCUUUACAAAUGCAGGCAGAGGAAUCUCGAGAAAAGUGUCUGAUGCUGAUUAAGGAAGAGCCAGUGAGUCCUGGGGUGCAGGGACGCGGAGAGGGUGUACCACUCGGCUCCUGUGAGGUGUGCACUGAACCCCCCGUCCUCCCUGUUGCCAUGGUGCAGUCCGUCCUAGAGGGCCGAGGAUCUAAUUUGGGAGAGAGAAGGGCCAAAAGACCCAUGCUGGAGAGAUCAGAGAUUCCUGAUGGUGUGGAGAAUGUUGACAUGAGCCUGGAGGAUUUACAGCUGCUUCUGAGGAGCCACCAGCAGAGCAUGGAAACCAGUGCAGCAGCAAUGGAUCCCUUCACAUUUAGUCUAUCUUUGAACGAGUGGAACUUCACAGAAAUGGACCCGACACUGAAAUCAGAGCUGGCUAAUGCCCUCAUCCCUGCUGCUGUGUCCCAGUACAUGUUUCAGGGUCAGGAAAUGGAGACGUUCCCCACUGCUGGCUAUGAGGAGCAGUGAAGCCCUUAUAUGACUGCCAGCACAUAUCUCUCAUAAGAGUGAGCAGAGUGAUCUAUUUGAAAGCAUGCCACUUGGAUUGUACAUUAUCCCAACAUCAGAAGAGAAGGCUCAACUUUAUCUGACUAGCAGAUGAGGAGGUUAUAAACAGUAUCAAGUAAACAUGCUGACCAGCACUUUGUGAAGAUUCACUUAGUUUGGCCAUUGGUGGAAGGUGUAUUUCUACAAAAAAAAAACUGGGAGCAUUUCAACUCUUUGGAGAUGGAAUAUUUACAGUAAUCCUUUCUCAAAGCCUAUUAAGAGUUCAGGCUACAUCAAGAUCAUUUUGAAGAUAUUUGUCUCAUGAUAUAAUGCAUCCUAAGAAAACUUCUGUUGCCAAGGAAAUGGCAAUAUUAAGCAUUUCCCUCCCGAACGACUACAAUGCAGGUGAACUGUAUGCAAUAUGACGUAAAUCAGUGUCUGAGUUUGAAUGCACUUUUGUCUGCAUGCUUUGUGGAGCUGUGAUUUCAUUUUCUCUAAAAUGUAACUGUAAAAAAAAAAAAGAAUAUAUUUAGUUUGAUAUUAUAAUGAAGCACACACUUGUAUUUCAAUAUAUAUUUAAAGACAUAUAAAGUACUAUGUAUGUAUUAAUGUGAGAGGUCUAGGGGUUAAUCAGACCUCGUAGAAAGAAAACUGAAAACGAUGCACUGCUUUUUGCACAAUUUAGUGUCUUUUCGCAAUCAUAUUUUAGUAUCUGAAAUAUAUUAUUAAGACAUCAAGUAUCUUUGUUUCAAUUUAUCCUUUAGUUGACUGACUAGCCUUUGAGAAUUUACAGCUGUCUUUGAUACGAUUAUGAUACAUUGUGUGAUAUUUGCCCUCAUUUGAUACAAAUGUAUUGACCACACUGGUUAGAUGCAAAAGACAGAAUCAACUAUUCCUAAUGCAAUAAUAUUUUAUAGGCCAUAAUGCACUUUGUUGUUAGGGCAGCCAUGUAGCAAUGCAGAAAACCCUAGAUCUCUUACAAAUGUGUUGAAUUUUAAGUGCAAUACUGCUGGCAUUUAUUAAUAUGAUUUCCAAAAAAGGAAUUUUGCUGUAUUGAUUUGUAUGAUUUCUCAAGGAUGUACCAUUAAAUUAUGAUUUAGAUGGGAACUAUGAUGGGAUAAAAUAAAUUGCACUAAGGGUGAUAACUGUAUUAGAUAGUGUUUAUUUAGUGUUAGUUUAUACUUUUAUUUUUCCACUAUUCUCUACCAAAGAGCAAUUAUUAAAUGGUUUAGUUUGAGAAGAGUGUUUUUUCAUAUAGCUUGCAAAGUCUUUCAUUGUAUACUUAUUUUAAUUUCAUAAUGUAAUUAAUUGCACUGCUAAAAAAAGAAAAAUGAAUGCACAUAAACACGGCAAGACACAAAAGCAUGAAAGCAAGAAAGGAAACCACUGUCAUAUUAUUUCUGGAUGUAGUCUGUUCCUGACUCCCACCAGCAUGUUAAAAAUAGGCCUAUGUACACAAAAAAAUGAAAAACAAUAAACCUGUUUUAAAAGCA